GGUGGAACACAUGCAGGGUUGCCUGCUCACGCUAGGAUUGCUGAAAGAUUUAUUAGCACGGCACAUGUACUUGUAUGGUUCGCUCCCCGUUCAUCGUCUCUUGACCCUCGCCAGCCUAGCAGUCUGUCCACCAACCGACACCUACCCCGACUAACGGUCCAUGGACUUUGUCGUGCAAUUUUUCGCCCUACUCCUCAAAACUAUACUCUGAGAGCCCGAGGUCAAGUCUUCGGCUUCCAGCAGAUAUGA